AUGUCUGCCUCUAUGUUCAACAUGCUCUAUACCGAAGAGGCUGCCCCGAGGCCAAGCAUAGCUUGUGGCUUAAGCGAUUACUCGAUCGAUCAGAUGACAGAGUCUGGUCCCAUCAAUGUGGAUACAUUGACAUAUUCGCCCGUCAAUCGUGUGCGAUCUACAUUAAACGCGUUUCCGGAUACUAUGCUGCUCCUCGCACCUGGAUAUCUCUCGACUGGUGCCCCAAGACAACAUGUACAGGUCUGGUGGGACUGCUGCGGCUGUCAUAAUAUGGUCAACCCUGCUCUUGCGUCAGAGAAAACAUGUCCAAUCUGUGCGCAUAAGAACGCCGGUUGUUGCAAGAACGUGAAUGUUCCCUAG